AUGAAGCCGUCUACGCUUUUCGCCACCGUCCUGGCGCUCGCAGCGGGCGUCGUUGCGGUCGACCAGCAGAAGCAGGUGGUGGUGACGUACCCGAGCAACACGCCGGACUGGGUGGUGAGCCAGGCCAAGGACGCGAUCGUGGCCGCUGGCGGAGUGAUCACGCACGAGUACAACCUGAUCAAGGGCUUUGCGGCAACGGCCGGCGAGAAGGUGCUCGAGACGGUCAAGACGAUGGGCAGUGCGUACAACGCGCUGAUCGAGGAGGACGAGGUGAUUACGAUAUCGUGA